AUGAUGGAAAGCGAGCAUAAGUCAACCGAAAAUGCUGCAGAAAAACCGAUAAAAGAAAAGACGAGCAAAGAUAAACUGGCAAAAGAAAAAUUAGCCAAGGAAAAAAUUGGAAAGGGCUUAUAUUAUGAAGCUCAUCAAUUAAUAAAGUCAAUUAUAAACAGAAAAUUACAAAAAGAUCAAUUAGCUAGUUGUUUAAAUAUUAUAUUUUAUUUUUCAUUAAAAUUUGCCAAUGUAAAGCAAUAUGUUUUAUUAUGUGAUUUAAUGUAUCAAUGUUGUGUUAUAUUAACUGAAAAUAAUAUCGAAUUCGAUUUAUAUUAUGCAGAUAAAAUAAUAGAAAUAUUUAAAAAAUGCCCACCUAAUUCUACAGAAGAAAAAUAUAAAUUUAUGAACAAAUGCAUUUUAUGGUCAACAGAUGAUGAUCAUAUAUUUGGCUAUUUAGAAUUUCACAGAGCAAUGGGAAAUUCAUAUUUUGAAGAUAAAAAAUAUAGUUUAGCUCAUAAUCAUUAUAUAUAUCUUGAUGAUAAUGAAAUGCUGUAUAAUAUAAUAUCUUUUUGGAGAAAAGAAGCAUAUCCAAGUGAAUAUAAUUUUUUUAUUUUAAGAACAACAUUAUGCUUACUUGUACUAUAUAAGGUAGAACAAGCAUUGGACCUUAUCGAAAAUUUUGAAAAAAAUUUAGAUAAAAAAGAUGCCCCAUUACCCGUUCAGGUAGCUUACUUAAUUACAUGUUCAUGCCUAUAUAAAAAUGAACUCUUAUAUGAAGAUAUUAAGUAUAAAUACAGACUUAUAUUAAAUUAUGACCCCAAAUUUCAAAAAUAUAUACAAAUGAUUGAUGAUGAUAUAUUUAAAAAAAAAAAAAACAAUUUUUUAAGCAUUUUUCAAAAUAUGUUUGGCGGAUAA